AAGUGAUGAGAAAAUCAACAAAGCCGCAAGAUUAGCAGAGCAGCCAAGCCAACACUGGGCCAAACAUGAUGUCAGAGUGUUAAAGACAUGUGAUGAUUAUACAUCAGCUUGGCAGGCGAUGAAGAAAUCCUUGACCUGCCAAACAUCAGAGCUUGACUCUGAUCAUGAUGAGGAGAAGAUGGCAAUACAACGGCUUCAAAGGAAACGUAAACCAAUCCACCGCUUAGGCGAUACAGAUGAUGAAAGAGAUCAGCCAGAGGUUCCUCAAAAGAACCAGACCCGAUCACCUCAGUCUUCAAAAUCCAGUUCAAGUAAAACUCGGCUGACCUCGUCAUGCCCUGCGCCACCAGUGCCAUCCCCUUACCGAUCAUCACUUCCUGAGUCACCACCAUCACUUUCACCACCACCUGUGUCUUCUCCUCACCAGUCAUCAUCAACCCCCAAUGAGUCAUUACCAUCAGUACUGCGACCAGUGUCCUCUCCUCGGGCAUCUUCUCCAAGAUGUCAAAUUCCACCUUCACACUGGUCGUCUCUGAGCCCCAUUCAAUCUCCUCAUCGAUCAUCACACUUUGUUUCAUCUCCAUAUUGGUCAUCCUCACGCCCAGUCUCAUCUCCUCCUCAUCGGUCAUCCUCACGCCCAGUCUCAUCUCCUCAUCAUCGGUCAUCCUCACGCCCAGUCUCAUCUCCUCAUCAUCGGUCAUCCUCACGCCCAGUCUCAUCUCCUCCUCAGCGGUCAUCCUCACGCCCAGUCUCAUCUCCUCAUCAUCGGUCAUCCUCACGCCCAUUCUCAUCUCCUCCUCAGCGGUCAUCCUCACGCCCAGUCUCAUCUCCUCCUCAGUGGUCAUCCUCACGCCCAGUAUCAUCUCCUCCUCAGUUGUCAUACUCACGCCCAGCCUCAUCUCCUCCUCAUCAUUGGUCAUCAUCAGGCCCAGUCUCACCUCCUCAUUGGUCAUCCUCACGCCCAGUCUCAUCUCAUCAUCAUCGGUCAUCGUCAAGCUCACUGCCAACCCCUCGUCAUGCAUCAACACGCCCAGUGUCAUCUGCUCGUCAGCCAUCACCAAGGUCAUUGCCAUCUCCUCAUGGGUCAUCACCAUCAUCAUGCCAAGUGCCACCUUCUCAGCCCUCCUCAUCCUCUGCACCCCACUCGCAGUCAUCCUUGUGGUCUCAAGACACUCCUGAACUCUACAGGCCAUCUUUGAGAGUGGGACGAUCAGGAAUAGAGGCGAUACCUUGCUCUGCUGCUGAACUUCACAUCCUUAAACUGCUUGAACACAUGAAGCAACAGCUAACACAACUGAUUGCAUUGGUCAACUUGAUUCCUGGGAGGACGGUUGAUGAAAGUCCAACCGAAGUACCUGAAGGCAUUCAGUUUCCCUUUGGGUCACUGGAGGAGGUGGAACACUUUGAGGAGUGGCUGAAAGAACCACGCAAUUCCUCACAGAAAAAGAACUUGAUUUCUGCCCUGGGCUCCAUUGGGGGACAGGACACGAAGCAUGUUACCUGGAACAUCCUGUCACACAUUUUUUGUGAUAGUGUGGCCAAGAAAAUCUGUUGGAAGGGAGCAAAUGGAAAGAUGGCAUUCAGACAAAUGGCAUUGAGAGCAGUACUUGCACGUGCAGUGCGUAAAUGUCAUGUUGCAAAGCAAGCAACAGACAUGGACAUCAACAAACAUGUCAUCAGAUGGUUCAACUUAGCAUCUGACCGUGGAGGUGGUCGUCGGGACCGGGAGCGCAGGUCUGCAGCUCUGAACCAGAGGCUGCACGAUGACCUGUGA